AUGACAACGUUGGAUAUAUUUGUACCUCCAAAAAACUUUUCUGAAAUCUUAUCUCAACCAAAAUUCCUUAUUGAUGAUAUCAAAUUAUCAAUAAAACCUUCUUUAAUACCAGGUCUACCCGAUGGGAUAUUGGCCUUGAUAGCUCCCUUGGUCGCUUAUUGGUCAUACGCCUCGUUUUUCCAUAUCCUUGAUGUUUAUGAAUUGGCUGAACAAUAUAGAAUACAUCCAUCUCAAGAAGAAGAAAGUAGAAAUAAAGCCAGUUUACAUGAUGUUAUAAGAGAUGUUAUCUUACAACAUUUCAUUCAAUCCAUUGUCGGAUAUUUCGUCUAUCUUUUAGAUCCAAUUCCUCAAACUGGUCAUGAAUUAUAUCAAAUGUGGAGUUUAAAACAAAAUUAUUUACCUAAUUUCAUUCCUGAUAUCUUAGUUUAUUAUGGUUAUAUGUAUGGUUGGUCAUUAUUUAGAAUAUCAGUGGCAUUUGUUUUAAUUGAUUCUUGGCAAUAUUGGUUACAUCGUAUCAUGCAUGUUAAUAAAUAUCUUUAUAAACGAUUUCAUUCUAGACAUCAUCGUUUAUAUGUUCCUUAUGCUUAUGGUGCCUUAUAUAAUGAUCCAGUAGAAGGAUUCUUAUUAGAUACUUUAGGUACGGGUUUAGCCAGUAUUGUUACUCAAUUAUCAUCUCGUGAAACCAUCAUAUUAUAUACUUUUGCUACUUUAAAAACCGUGGAUGAUCAUUGUGGUUAUAGAUUACCUUAUGAUUUAUUUCAAAUCAUUUUCCCUAAUAAUUCAAUUUAUCAUGAUAUUCAUCAUCAAAAUUGGGGUAUUAAAAAUAAUUUUUCUCAACCGUUCUUUACUAUUUGGGAUAAAUUCUUAGGAACAGAAUAUCAAUUUGUUAAUGAAUAUAAACAAUUGCAAGAUCAUAUUACAUUAACUAAAUAUAGAGAAUUCUUAGCUUCAAAGACAAAACAUAAAUGGAGUUUUGAUAAAUCUGCUAAAGGUACUUCUGUCCCCAUUGAUAAUAGUUCUUCUUCAACUAGUGAAAAUACUAGUGAUGAAGAAUUUGUAUCAGAUAAGAAAAAAUUAGAUUAA